GCGCAUCAAGUAGUACGAGACGCCAUGGCCGACGACUUCCCCGAAGAGAACCUGAACGAAGACGUAGCCCUCUUGCGGGAUGCCUGGGCGAAUGAACUGAACGCGCCGGAACUGCUGACGUUUCAGACCGAUUUGAUCUCGGAUAUGGUGGAGCAAGUUCAAAACCAGCAAAGUUACGUGGACGAAAUGUCGGCCGACGUUGCAACGCUGACGGAAGAGCGAUCGUUCACCAACAAAUUAUACCAGGUACGUCUACAUUCUGUACUACAGUACCACCCCCUGCUGGUGGUGCUGAUCACGAUGCAGAUGGAAAUCGAUCGCAUCAAGUACAUGCUGGCGUCGUAUUUGCGCCUUCGACUGAUGAAGAUCGAGCGGCACACGAGGCAUGUCUUGCACGCGUCGAUGGACAAAUUGUCUCCGGGCGAAGUCGACUACGCCCACUCGUACAAGGACUUGUACGAAAGCCACUGCCGCGACUUGCUCUUGUCCAAGCUCCCGCCCGACCAUCAACAGCUCGACGAACCCCACAUGAUUGACCAUCCCGACUUGGACACGUUUGUGUUUUGCCAAUCCAAUCAAGACAUUGGCAACGUUCAAAUCGACGACAGAGGGUCCGAGCACGUGAAUGCGCGCAAGGAUGACCGGCAUGUGCUUCGGUAUCGAGUCGUGAGUUCGCUCGUGGAAGAGGGCAAGGUCAAGUUGUUGUAAGCAGUGAUCCCAAGAAAUAGAAUAUCAUACUAUCAAUAUCAACUUAUCUAUGAUGAUAGCUAUACAGUAUUAUUGUAUGGA